GAUAGAAAAACAUGCAUGAAGAUGUUUCCUAUAGGUCCAGACUCUCCAGAUAAAACUGCAUGGUGGAUGGUAGAUCUGGGUGACAAUCGAGCCAUUUACAGCAUCAGUAUAAAGUUUAAAGAUUAUCGAGAAUAUGAAGGUUUAGAGAUGAGACAAAGAGGUCGUUUUGCAGGAUUUUCCCUUUAUAUAUCCGAUAAUCCCAUGAAAGAAGACGGUGUACUCUGUUACAAAAACACACUGCCGUUACCUCCCUUGGAUUUUAACACAACGUGUAUAGGACAUGGUCGUUACGUCAUCUAUUACAAUGAAAGACUGGACGGAGUUACUUAUCCUCUAGGAUACGAGUCGUCCUCUCUCAUUGAAUUAUGUGAAGUAAAUGUACAAGGUUGUUCAAAAGGAGUGUAUGGAAUAAACUGUGAUAUACCAUGUCCAAUCAACUGUCAAGACCAGAAAUGUUAUAUUAUAAACGGAACAUGCCUGGGUUGCUCGUCUGAAUAUGCUGGGAAAAUGUGCAAAGACGAAUGCGCAUGGGGAUGGUACGGUGCAGGGUGUAAGAGACAAUGUAUGGGACACUGUAGAGGAAACAUUACAUGUAACCACGUGACCGGAAACUGUGAUGGAGGAUGUCUAGCUGGAUGGACGGGAAAAGAAUGUAAACAACGUAAAUAUAACAUAAUAUCCUUCACAAAACCAUUUAAAAAGGGGAAAUAG